CCCCGGGGGCAGCGGUCGGUGCCAGGCAGCGCGGGGCAGCGGGCGCGGGGGCGCCCGGCAGGUGUCUCGGCCGCGGGACGCGAGGCUCGUUCGCCCUCUGCACUGCCGCCGACACCGCCCGGGCCUCCCUCCGGACACCCCUCUGCCCGCGUUCCAGCCCAGAGGCUGCAAGGGUGGCGGCGGCUUCCGCACCCCUAGGCGGCCUCGGGAGCCCGAGAGCGCAAGGGGUGCGAGAGCGAGACCGCGGCCGGCGUGGGGUGCCGGGCGCGGGGCGCAGACCGGGCUGGGCUGACAGGUCGCCGAGGAAGCCCAUUACGGGGAAGAACCCUGGCUCCUAAUAACAGGUUAAUCCCCAGAAGUACAGGGGCUAGUUCCCCGCGCCGACCUGCCCCGCGCGGCGCUGCGGGCUGGGCUGGAGGCGUGCAGAGACCUGUUUCUGCUUGGGGGGCGGGAGCCGGGAGAGAAGGAGGGAAGGGACGGGACGCCCGGCAUCCGAGAGACCGCAGCCGACGCUGGACGGCCUUGGUUCUCCCUGGGGCAGGAAGAAACUCCGUCCAGACCUUAAAGAGCACAGCAGCCCUCCACCUCCCUCAGUCUCACCUAAGGAGGGAGGGGUAGUGACCGCUGAUGACCUGUCUGUUUCUCCUUGACUGGGCCUGGCUCAGGGGACUCCCUGGGAAGAUUGGCUCGGGGGGUGGGGGUAUUCUAAAGGAUGAGCUUCCAUGAGUGGGUGAACAGGGAAGCAGGAGGACCCUGGACCCCUUCUUCAUCUCCCUCAGUGACCAUUCCCCCAGUCCCAGGCUUAACCCUGGUCCCAAUUCCUUCUGCCCAGAGCUCUGCCCCCAUCGGCUGUGGGCAGCCAGUGGGGAGCCAAGCUCCAAUAUUGAUCUGAAAAGCAUGAGGUGGGAAGGGGGAUCGCCAACAGUGUAGCUGGGGUUUCCAUGGAGACAGCAGGAGAGGAAAAAAAAUUCUCUUUGCAUCAAGACCAAAGAACAAAUAUCUCCCAUGAAAUUGCCCCGAGUGUCCAAUGGCUGUUGCUAUGAGGUCAUUGCAGCCUCCAGGGCCCCGCAGGCUGGAAGGAGUGUGUUCGUUGGGGUCAGAGCCACCCAGGGCUUGGGGGACGGAGGUGAUGUGGAAUUCUCCCAGCUGUUCUGAGAGCAAGAGUGAGCGACUCCAAGGCAGGCUGAAGUGGCUGCGGAGCUUUUGUUUUUCUUGGAGACUGAAUUCGAUUAACACUUCAGGGGCAGUGGCAAAGUGUACAGAAACCAGGGCACCACCACCUCCCUCCCACUACCCCCAGUAGGCCAUCCCCCUGAGAGGGGUCUGGGUCGCAGAGCCGAGGAGGGGAGCUGAUUUGGACUUGGGGAAGUCUGGGGUCCCUGGAGUUGACUCUGGAAAGCAUGGGUUCAGAGCCGGGGUCUCCAAAAGGAGCAUGAGCGAGAACUGGGUGUGACCAGCCCAGGGCUGAAGGCUGCUCAAAGGCAGAGGAGGAAGCGGCCGGCCGUUCAACGGUCUGACCCGGGCCGUCGGGAAAGAGCACGACAUCCACAGUGCAAAGUCCUUCAAGAGCAUCUAGCGUUUUGGCUCAUUUUACAGAUGAGGAAACUGAGGCCCCAGGAGGGGAAGCUACUUGCUCAAACUCAGAGCUGAGAACUGAACCCAGGUGCUCUGACUCCCAGCCAGUGACACACGCCCUUCCCUGAAGCCGUCCCAAGGUUGAGCCAGUGUGGCCCAGGUGGUGUCACCACCCACCCUCAGCCACAUCCCAGCCCGAAAUCCCAGCCAGGGAGGCAGCCCCAGCUUUGGGUCACGCAAACCAUGGGGAAUUCCAGCAGCUCAGUUCUCGUGCUGCGCUGCGGGGGGGGGGGGGGGGGGGGCGGGUGGUGAGGAGGGGCAGCCUUCUCGAGAGAAGAGAGGUUGGCAAACCUGUUCUCUGCAGCCGUGAUGGUUCAGGUUGCCACGAAGCAGGUCUCCGGAUGACCCAGCUCACUCCUGCUCCACCCUGGGCUUCGAGCCAAGGGUCUCUCUGCUCAGCCCAAGGCAGGAAGAACAAGGGGCUUCCCAGGACGCUGCCAAACCACACAGGUUAUGAUGGAGAAGAGACCUCUGGGCACAUUCCAAGACAGGGUCCAUCCCCAGGCCAGGGACUGGUCCAGCUCUGGGGGGAAUAGAUGUCACAGCCUGGUCUCCAAGAGGAAGACAAGAUAAAAGCAGAUCACGAAUGAACCAUGAACCAUGAACACGCUGUUGCUGUCAGAGGAAAGAGUUGAGUGUGAACUGGAGCGGUCAUGGAGGGGACUUGGCUUGGAGGUUGCAGAAUCAUGACAAUAAUGAUUAUAGCCACUCCCCCUGUACUAGCUAAAUCCUGACAUCUGAAUCCCAUUUUACAUAUGAGAAAAUUGGGGAUCACAGAGGUAAUUGCCCCAAGUCACCUAGCUAGUAAAUGACAGAGGCAUCUGACCCAAAAGGUACCUCUAGAAGGAAAAGCUUCUGGCGGGCAGAUGUCCAUCCGGGCAUGGUAGCUGGCACUGUGUCUUUUCAAGAGUGGGCCACGCUGGAGGUCUGGCCCCAAGAGGAUGGCUGGCAGCGCUCUCAGAGGGGCAAGGCCUGGGUGUCCACUCCCCUUGCAAUACCUGCAGUCAGGCUUCCGUCCAGGGUCGGCUGGCUGGCCGGCUGCAAGAGCCAGUGCUAUCUGUUGUCUCCGAAGGGCGGGUGGCCUGGAGGGGAGGCCAGGUGUCCCGCUGCGUGCAGCUGUUGGGCAGGAUGGAGCUUGGAGAUGGGAGGGCUGUGCAGCCUGAGGCCUGGGCAAGCCCAGAGAAGCUGGAAGCUGUUGAUUAGACUUGUGUCUGGCACCAGGAGUGAGUUGACAGCUUGUAGCAGCUCCCACCGAGGGAGGGAUGGAGGGAUAAAAACAGUCCAUCGGUGGAAGGCCCGGACUCUGCCACAGACCUGGGCUCAUAAAUGUCUCUGAAUGUUCCCCCCGGCACUGGGGCUAUGCUGGAAGUCGGGAGACCAGGGUUCCAGUCCCAGCUUGGUCCCCAGUGCUGGGCGGCCUUGGAUGGGCCUCUUUUUCCCUCUGGGCCACAAUCCUCAGCAGAUUGUUCUGAACCCCAAAUGGAAGUACUGGAAGAGUUAGAGAAUAGAUAAACUAAAGUUUCAUCAUUGUGGGUUUCCUGAAGAAAGGCAGUGAUGUGCUAUGCUGGGGCCCCAGCAGAGGCCCAGUAGGCAAGGGCAGGGGGCCUGUGCUGCACUCAAAGGUAGUACAGCAGAGUGGCUAGGACAGAUGGUCUGCCACUGACAAGAGUAGUGACCUUGGACAUGUUACUCAACCUCUCUGAGCCUCGGGUUCCUCAUCUGUAAAACGGUACCCAUGCUUGGGGUUGAUGAGGCCAGAGAGAGCCCGUGCAUGUGGCAUGCUGAGAACAGUGCCAGGCACAGCGAUAGAAACUGCAGCCAUGGCUGCUGCAGGAUGUGGAGGGCAGCUGUCACUGAACUGGGGGAGCUGUGCCCCUGGUUACAGAGAUGAUGGAGGGAACGGGCCUUCAGGCUGCUGCCCCCAAGCGCCAUCUACCCAAAACUGUGUUGUCCAGACCCUGUGAUCUUACACAGGGAGGAUCCUAGGCUGCUGCCUCCCUGCUCUUCAGCCAGGGCCCCUGCAAGAGCCUCACAGAGCCAGGGAGAACAGCCGGGCUCCCGGGCAAAUCCUGCCAGCCAGAGGACUUGCUGCUGGGAGUGCCCUUCGGUGCCCCUGGGGGAGGCAUCUCCCUGCACACUGGAUCUGACUCCCCGCAGGUGUGCACCUCCGUCUCCGGGCCACGCUCCCACGUGCCUGCUCACGCAGCAGAGGUGUGUAACUGCCCUGCCCGUGAGCAGAGUGAGGCCUGGCACUCUGGGUGCAACUUGCUGGACCAGGUGUGGGCAGAGCCAGCCAAGAUGUGCAGUGCCAGCCCCACAGGUAAAGGUGUGGUCUGUCUCCCCCAAGAAGUGUCAGCCUAGUCUCCAGCUAUAAAGAUCCCUCGCUCCCUUCUAAACAGCAAAAACCCACCCCCUUGGAUCACCUCCCAUGGCUCUGGGCAUUGAGUCAUAAUCACUACACACACACAGCUCUUUACAGUCUACCCCAGGAUUUCUCAAAUCCACCAUUGAUAUUGGGGCCUGUCCUGUGCACCGUAGGAAGUUUAGCAGCAUCCCUGGCCUCUCUAUCCGCUAGACACCAGUAGCACCCGCCCAACUAGGUGACCACCAAACAUGUCCCCAGACAUUGCCAAAUGUCCCCCGGCUGAGAAUCGGUGGCCGACAAAGCAUUUUCACAGCCAUUUCCCUAUAAGAACCACAUAACCUCUCCCCCUCCCCCUUCAGAGGAGGGAGUCUGUAUUGUCUUCAGCCCCACUUCAGAGGCCCAGAGGUGCAGUGACUUCCCCAAGGACACUCUGCACGUCAGAAGCAGGACUUGAACUUGCUCUCACAUGUCCAGACCUCAUGGUUUUUAUCCCCUGCCUAUAGAACUGUCUCAUAUUGUAUAUAACUAUAGUCUAAUAAUGUGGCUCCUUCUACAAGGUUAGAAACCUCUGGAGGCCGAGGCUGUGGCAUCAGCACUGCUCAGCAGCCUCAGUGCCUGGCAUAUGUCUGGCAUGUAGUAGGGGCUCAGUCAACAUUUGAUAAACAAACAAAGGACAGGCCUGUUCGCUCCAGAGGGUUGUAAGUUGCUGUCACAUCGUGCCCCACUUUCAAAGACCUCGAGUGGGAGGGAGGCUCUGCUCUACUGCCUUGAGCCUCAGGUGAUGCUAAGAUGUGCCAAAGUGAGUGUCAGGACGUGUGGCUGUCACCUGGCAGAUGCACUGUCCUGGCCCGCAGCUCCCGGCCAGGCCACCCGCUCAGAGCCAGGCUAAGCGCUCGCUCCCCUCACCCUCCUCCCAGGGCCCCGGGACCAGGCUCUGCCCGAGGGGUUUGCUCAGGCAGCAGUCACGACCCAGCUGUCUGCUAUGGCUUGACUUUCUUCCCUCAACCCUGGAUUAGCAAUUGAGCAACUCAGCAUCUGACAAGACAGUGCUCCCCAAACCUGUUGAAACUCGCCCAACUCGGGCCCUGUGGGUGCAUUUGGAAAGCUGAGCAAUUGUACCACGGCUCCUCCUCUUGUUCCUCCCUCUGGGAAGAAGGGCUUGGCCUGAGCCAACUGGGCACGGAGUUGGCCAGGGAGCCGCUGAUGGGGGUGGGGGUUGCGUCACAGCUGCCCCCACCCCAGUCACCCCCCGCUCCAAAGGAGCUUGCAAGAGCUGCUCAGCAAACUCAGCUGGGAGGCGAAGCUGCGACCCCGUGGUUGCUGUCCAGAUUUCUACAGGAGUUGCCAGGUUUUAUCUCUGAGUCCUGAACUGUGUCUUCUGUGAUUCGGCCAAACCCGAGAGAAGGCACGCUCCCUGCCGUGACCCCCCCCCAGCUCCCCCUUCCCCGCUCCAAACCCCUCUCCACCUCCCCCAUCUCCUGGCAAACUUGAAACCAAACUCUGUUUUAAAAGUUCCCUGGCCAAGUCAGAACCCCCGCAGCAGAGGGGACCUGGUCUGAGAAGAGAGGCUGGGCGGGGAGGGUGGAAAGAGGGAGGGAUGUGUCCUGGGAGGGAAGGAACCCCCUGACAGCUCGCAGUUCACGGGGGAACUUUGGAGCGGCCCAUUGGAAGCAGCAUGAAAUUGCUGAUGAAACUAGAGGGGCCUCUUCCCUGCUGUGACCCUGGAGGGUGCUUUCAGACCCUGUUUCUCACUCUGUUCACACACAAGUCAUAUCAUCGCAGGGUUGGGUCCCAGGAACUCUUUGCCAAGGACUGGAGACAGCAGGGUAUUCCUCUUGAGUCAGUGAUGCCCAGCUGUCCUGACGCCCCAGGCAUAGAGGGCGGAAUCACAGCCAUCAGAGUCAGAGGGGUUCUCAGAAGUGAUCAGCUUAGCCCCCUCCCAGGACACAGAGCCUCCAAGCAGGACAGUGAGUGCCUGGUAAGCCCUAUUCAGUCAUGUCAAGCACUUACUUGUCCAGACCUACGCUCCGUCAGGCACUGUGCUAGGCACUUGGGGUCACAGAGCAUAUGAGUGGUAGAGCUGGAACUCUACCCCAGGUCUCCUGACUGUCUUCCCAGAACUUUCCCUGCAGCAGGUGAAAGCAGAGCUGCAGCCCAUACACCUAGCCAGUCAUCUCUGCUGGAGGUGAUGAGUGACAAGGCAGGAACCAAGGUUUUCCCAUCUGCCCUGUUGGGGUGGGCGUGCGGGCUCAGCCACAGGCUCUCCCAGGACUGGGCCGUUAGAAGGGGUGCACCAAGGCCAAGGAACUCGCUAGAAACCUGAAGCCACCAGAGCAUGAGCCUCACUCCAGGAAGCCAGCGCCGGCCCUGGACAGCUCGCGCAGCUUCCCCAUCCCUCCCUGGUCCUCAACCCCAGGGCUCCCUCAGCUGAGCUAGGGAGGACAGUUCAAUGGUUCGAUGUCUCCAAGGGCAGAAAGGCACCCUGGGGACGAGGGUUGGAUGGGUCUUUGCAAGGGAGAAGCUCUCUGCUGGUAAAUUAGGGGGGCAAGGCAAGGUGAGGAAGUGCCUUACAUUUGACACCCACUCACCCCACAAGCACACCUGCCCCAGAGAGAGAAGAAAAAUUCUCACCUCUGGCACAGCUCUGGAACCAUCCAAGUUCAGGUCUGAGUGGCUACUUCCUGGCCCUGAGUCAGCCACCAGCACCCCUGGGAACAAAUACUGUGAGAUGGGAAAUGGGGGGGGCUCCCAAAUAAGAGGUGGGGGACAGGAAAGACAUACAGGGAGCUGAAAAUAAUGGAAACUGGGAUGUCAAGAGACGGAAAAUACGGGUGCCGAGGCUUCUGCGGAUGGGGAGUAAAGGGAGCUAGGGAUCCCAGGAGACAGGUAGAGGGCGAAUUAGCACCCUAAGGUACAGGAGUGGGGCCUUGGGCUCCAGAGGAGGCUGUCAUUUCCCCCCAGAUGGGGAAAUGCACUGGGGACAAAGAGAACGUGACCUGGGCAUUGAGAACUCUAGAGUUAUGCUACACCUGGGAAGAAGGUGGCGUGGACGCAGCACCCACCACCCCACCACCACUGGGAAUGUCUCCAAGGCCAGCCCCUCCUCGCUGGCUGCCCCUCCAGGGGGUUCAGGCCAGUGACAGCAACUCCUUCCAUGGCCUGAGUAGCUGCAGAGACCACCGGCCCGGAUGCUGUCCAGGCAGCCAUAUAACCCCUGAGACAUUGCCCUCCCCAGCACCCCUCACUCCUGAAAGCAGCCCUGAAAGAUGCCUUCACCAUAGUUCAGAAGAGACAUGGGGCUCUAGAAAGACUCAUCAAUCAAAGAAGAAGACCACCUUCCUCAAAUCAUUGUCCACUGAUGCCAAACUCUCAUGCCCUCGAUGCCCUGGGCCCUCUCUGGAGCCUGAUCAGCCAGCCCAGGCUUAGGAGCCAGUAUGACCUGUUUUCAAAUCCUGACCACCACUGACACGGCCUUGAACACAUAGCUCUCUGAACCUCAGUUUCCUCAUCUGUAAAAUGGAGGGGAUGGGGCUUCCUUGGUGGCGCAGUCGUUAAGAAUCCGCCUGCCAAUGCAGGGGACAUGGGUUCGAGCCCUGGUCUGGGAAGAUCCCACCUGCCGCGGAGCAACUAAGCCCGUGCGCCACAACUACUGAGCCUGCGCUCUAGAGCCCGUGAGCCACAACUACUGAAGCCCGCAUGCCUGGAGCUUGUGCUCCACAACAAGAGAAGCCACCACAGUGAGAAGACCGCGUACCACAACAAAGAGUAGCCCCUGCUCACCGCAACUAGAGAAGGCCUGUGCACAGCAACAAAGACCCAACACAGCCAAAAAUAAAUAAGUAAAAUAAAUUUAUUUUUUUUUUAAAUGGAGGGGAUGAUACCCACCUGGACAACCCUGCAUGGAUAUAUGGAUAUAUAUCCAUAUAAGGAUAUAGUAAAGGACGUGGCUGUUGUUUGAAGAGCACAAGUGACAAGGGACAUGAGGUCCCUUUCUUCUAGUCAUCUAGUCCCAUGAACGGUUUCCAAGUCCCCUGGGCACACCUGAGCUAGUCCUAGAUCCCCACUGUCCCUGCCCUCCUCACCCCAGUGUCCCCAGCUCCUAAUCUCCUAACAGGACCAUCCCCCCCCAUCCCAUCCCUCAUACUCCCAGUCCUUGGAGGAUCCAUCUGAUGGGCCAGGAUCGCUGGAAACACGUUCUCUAACUCUGCAUACUCUGUCUGGAGACUAUCAAGAAUCUACAGUUGGGGGGGACUUCCCUGGUUGUCCAGUGGUUAAGAGUCCUCACUCCCACUGCAGGGGGCACGGGUUUGAUCCCUGGUCAGGGAACUAGGAUCCCGAAUGCUGCGUGGCCAAAAAAAAAAAAAAGAAAAUCGACAGUUGGGAUCGAGGCUGAAGUGAUCCACUGUGCCCCAUGGGCGUGUGCCCUGCCCUCCGGAGUGCUCAGCUGAAAAACAGGCUGGGAACCCAGGUGGAAGAGAGCUGAUGGAACCAAGCCAAAGAAGACAAAUAAUUAAUACUGUCUGGGGUCCAGAAGAGGCUCCAGCUCAAUGGACUAUGACGAGGCUUUGAGAGGGCAGUGAUGAUGAUGAUGAUGACAGUGAUGAUAAACAUCUUAAUGAUGAUUAUGUAAUACUGUUGCCAACAGGGGAAGAGUGCCUACUAUGUGACUAUUUAAUUCACUUAAGCCUCCUGAGAUCAGAACUAUUCUUCUCCCCAUUCUAGAGGUGAAGACACUGAGGCUCAAAGAUGUUCCCUCUCUUGCCUCAGUAACACAGAGAUGGGACGCUGACCCAGACUGUCCAUCUCUCCUGCACAGUGCACCACGCUGCCUGCCACGCGAAGGGAUAAGAGUCUCCGGGACCGGGACACUGUAGGGAAGAGGACAGCAGGAGACUAAGACCACGGGUACAGAAACCCUCAAAGGUCUGAGGACAACUGUAGGUGUGGAAGGCUCCUAGGGAACGAGGCGCUCCCCACCUGCCAGGAGCACAGUCCCGGAUGGGUCUGGGUCCCUCUCGCCCUCACCCGGCCACGCCUCCCCAGGCCACGCCUCCCCAGGCCGCUCUCGCCUCAUCAGGGGCUCAUUUCCUUCCGGCUCCUCCUCCUGCCGCUUGGCCUCCUUCCCCCCUGGUGUCGCCGGCAGGCACGACCGCUCCUGAGGAGGCUCUAAAUGUGGCCCGGCCGGGUGGGGAAGCCAGAGGGAGGGGGUAGAGAGGCCUGGACUGGCGUCCCAGCCCCCACCUGGAGACCAUGGGGCCAGGACCCACGACGCUGAUCUGCUUGGCCUCCCAAACGCUCCAGCUAUUUCCCGUCCCCUGUCCUCUUGACGCGCAGAGCGAGAGCUGGGCAGGAGUCGCGAAGAGGUGCGGAUUUUCCUCUAGGAAUUUGUAUAUUUUUUUAAAAAAGCAAGCAAACCUGGAAAAGCUUGGGACAAGCCCAGCUAAUUUUAGUUUCUAAUGAAAACAGCAGGUGGCCGAGAGGAUCUGAUCUCCCUGGCAGGGCCAGGGCCCUCCAGCCUCGCAGGCUGCAGGCACGGGCCAGGCGUGGGGAGGGCCUCCUGGGAGGAGCCUUAAGGACCGGAGCCCCCGCUGGAGAAGACGGGGCACGAGCUGCCUGGCAGCGAGGCGGCCCGGGGUUGGGGGCGGGGGGGUAACCUGAUCGAUGGCACGGCUGUGGCUGGAGUCCUGCGUGGCCGGGGCAGCGGGUAGCAAAUGGCUAAGCCUGUGCUCAGCAGUGGCAAGAAGAAGCCUACAUUGGGGUGAUGCAACCAGAAUGAGAGAAGAAGCAGGGAUGGCCGAGGACCUCCACAGGCCGACCCAGCCCAACGCAGUCAGCGCCCCCACCCCCACCCCCGCACACUCCCAGGCUCUUGGUCUCCUCCAGGAAUGGCUUGUGCAGUUGACAUUUGAGCCGGCCCAGCUCCAGGUCAGUAAGUAGCACGCGUGUCUCUGGAGGAAAGGUUGAGCCACCUGAGGGUGCAGAGAGGGGAUUCCUGAGGCCCCUGGAACCAGCUGGGCCUUGCCCCUAAGGGUCUCCAAGUCCUCAGCAGAGCAAAAAGCCACAGAGCCUCCACUUUCUCCCCUCACCGCCCCGCCCCCAACCCUGAGCACUCUGCCAGGAGGGGAGCAGAGGGGACCUAGUCAGGAUAGAGUCAUCCAUUUAUGCUGCAAGCAUGUAUUGAGCACCUUCUAGGUGCCACACCCUGUGCUAGGCAUCGAGGAGGCCACAGACUGUACGUGACACCGAGGGUGGUGUUAGCCCCCUGCAGCUGUCAAACAAGGCAGAUCCACAACCAGGGUACAGGGGAAAGAGAGGUCCCAGUGUGAGCUGGGUUUGCAUUCCAGCUUUGCCACUCACUAGCAGUGUGACUUUGGGGAGUCACUCCACCUCUCUGGGCCUCAGUUUGCUCAUCUGUAAAAUGAGGCCAGGCACCCUAACCAGAUACCAGAACAAGCAAGCAGUGUGGGCAAGGGUGUGUGAUGCCUGGGGUCCUAACUCUCCCCACUCCAUUCCCAGUUCCAUUUCCAGUUCUGAUACCCAGCCCUUCCCAGGCAAGACCCUGGGAUCUGAGAGAACCAGGGUGCGUUGGGGCCAUGCCUCCUGUGGCAUGGAAGGGGACAGCUGUGGAGCCAGAUAAAGGCAGGGGCUGGGGGUGGUGGGCAUUGGUGCCAACCUUGGGGGCAGGGACACUCCUCAGCGGAAGAGGGUUCUCAGCCUCUUCCUGGAAGCUGUCCCAGUGACUCACACCCAUGGAGGCCAGCAGCUCACCCCUAAAUCCCUAUUACUGUUAUUUCAGCCCAUGUCCCUUGUUGAGUCCUGAGCUUACGGGAGGCGGGGGUGGGUGGCCCCUCAGGUCCAUCUCACGCCUCUUCAAUGGCAGGGGCUCCGUCUGUCUGCCUGGCAUGGGGCCAGGGGGACUUUGAGGCUUGAACCCAUCCCCCGUCCCAGCGGACUCUGACACAGACCCAUUCAUUUAUGGUGCCGUGAGGAGACAGGCUCCCAGUGGGGCGGGGACUUGCCCAAGGUCCCACAGUGGGUUGGUGGCUCAGCCAGGCCUCCCCAGCUUAUUCCUCCUGCCCAGAGAACCCCUGCCUUGAACACAGAAGCCAGGGCCCCAGCACAGCCCCACCUGGCCCCUUGGCAGGACACAGAGGGAGCAGAGGCUGAGAUGGGGACAGGCCAGCUCUGUGCCCCCAUGUCACAGAGGGAAUAGGGGGCCCCACCUUCUCCUAGAGCUCAACCCUGGCAUCUGAGCAGGAAAGGCUCCAGCUUUAGGCCCAGUUGCUAGUCCCCUCACCCGUGGCUUCCCAAACGUGUACCUGGCCCACGGCCAGUAGCCGGGCUCUUGGUGCCCCCUGCAGGCCAAGAGCGCCAGGUGGGACUAGCUCCGUAGCUGGUAGAGGCAGGGGAUGCACCUAGGUAGGGCAGAGGAGCUGUCAGCCCCCUCCCCUUGCAGAUGCACCCUCCCCGGACCCCCAGCCACCUUCCCACCCUUGUCUCCCUUCUGAGAAGCUCAGGCUUCUGCCCAGGCCUCUUCGGGACACUACCAGCCUCUGUGCAUCCUCUGGGCAGGACCUGGUAGAGGAGGCUGUGAGGCUCCCGGGAGGCAAGGAAUUCAGGAAAAGUGAGGGGAGGUGGGACUGCCUCAGCCCAAGACCACCCACCUCCCACCAGCCCGAGCUGCCAGGGAAGGGCGAGAUCCUCACAGCUACGGUGCACCCAAGAUGCGCCGGCCGAGAGCCAGAUGCACCAGCCACGUCAAAUCACGUUAAUUUCUCACAGCAGCCUGUGGGAUUGCCAGAGCAAGAAAGCCAGACACAGAGAGGCCCCGCAGCUUUGAGGAGGAGAGAGGGUCCCAGAAUCAGAUUCCUUGGGACUUAGAAAGAAACAUCCCCAGUGGUUACUCAGACUUCCCCUAAAGUGCCCUCCAGGCCACUGCCAGCCUGGCUUCACAGCUGCUGCUGGGAACGUGUGAAAAGCCCAGAUGCCCACCAAGCCCUGCCUGGAGCGGGGCCCAGAUACCUGCACUUUCGGGAAACCCCACAGAUGUUUCGAUGCGCAGCCAGAUAUGAGAACCAUCGCUCUGGUCCAGCCCACAUGCCUGACAAACAGAAUCCAGCUGCUGACUGUACACCCCCGGGGGUGGAGAGCUCAGCAACCCGCAGGCGGCCCACCAACUGCACCUUGGCCCGCAUGCUUAGGUCAGACGAACCCAGCUCUCAGCAGCCUCUGCCCACGGGUGACAUUCAAGUCCUUGAGCCACAUAAAAGAAUACUGUCUCUACCAAAGGUUUUGAAGUCGGGCAAAACCAGGUUCAAGUCCUGGCUCUGCCUUUACUAGCUGUCUGACCUUGCACACAAAGCAAAGUACUUAACUUGUCUGUGCCUCUGUUUCCUCCUCUAUAAUUGGGGGUUCAUUGGCUUGCUGGGAGGAUUAAAUGCAAUCACGUAAGUAAAGUCUUAGGCUUUACUGAUUAAGGGCCAUACAAGUUAGCUAUUCUUAUUGUCAUUGUCUUUAAAAUCUCCCAUAUCUUACUAGGCUUUCUGCGUGCUUUUCUAUCUGGGUACCAUGCAUUUAUUCAUUCCUUCACUAAGUAAACAGAUGUCGAGCGAUUUCCUACCCCAUUGCCUGAGGCCCCACGUAAGACCAUCUUUCACAUACAGGAUCCCUUUAGCGCCUGACAACAGUUCCCUGACUUGGCCACAAUCGGUGGUCUCCCCCUCAUUACAGGUGGAAAAACUGAGUCCCAGAGAGCAGUGGCCUUUGUCCUUCUUCGGACAAGAAAUCGGUACAGCUUCCCUGGUAAAGAUGCACUGGCAUCUUCACCUCUACCACCCAGAGAGCCAUUGCCCCCCCCCCCCCCCCGCCCCAGCAAGCAGACCUGGGCUGCUGGGCUGGUUCACUGUGGUCCCUGGGGCAGUGGGACACUCGCUCCGCUUUUGUUCAGAGCCCCUGAUCUGUGGGGCUGAGGCUGAGGGUAGAGCCAGGGUCUGAGUCUCCUGCUGGUAGGUGGUGGGAAGGCCCCUUUCCUCCUCUGAGCUUACCUGUAAAGUAAGGAGUCUGGACCAGACCACCUGUCAGGGAACAUGCCUUAAGGCUGUGAUUCCAUGCACCCUGCUGCUCCUCCCAGGAUCUGGAAGGCAGCUCCAGGCAGCCCUGCCUGCCCUGGGAGGUGGCAGGUGUGUCUCCCACUGAAGAGCGGGGAAAGGGAGGCAGGGGAGGGAGAGGAGGCCUUCCAGAGUCACCACUCAGCUCUCCUUCCACCAUUAGGCUGCUACUUGUGUGCCUACUAUGUGCACUGGGCCCUGGCCAGGGAUGCUGGGAUGGGGUGAGGGGACAGGUUGAGGGGCAGUGGUUGGAGCACAAGCCUCAGGGUCAUCCAGACCCGGGCUCCAAUCCAGGUCUGCCCCUACAAGCUGGGUGACCUUGAUGGUCAUCUCACUGCUCUGAAACAUGCCUGGCACUUAGUAGGUGUUCUGUUAAUGCACACCCUUCCCUCGAGAGAAAAACCAGUUUCUUCCUCACAGGGUCUUUCCCUAGCUCUGCUCCCACCCCGGUGAGUAUUUUUGUGUCUUACUCCUGGCCCCCUUGCCUCCUGGCCCAGAUUGCGAAGUGGCCGUCACUAGGGACUUCCCUGGUGGCCUAGUGGUUAAGACGCCAUGCUUCCAAUGCAGGGGGCGCGGGUUCGAACCCUGAUCGGGGAACUAAGAUCCCACAUGCCACGCAGCACGGCCAAAAACAAAAAAACAAAGUGGCCGUCAUUAGACAGGGCAGAGCCUUCCAGGGCCCUCAUGGAGGGGGUCGGCAGGGGAAAGGCCCAUGGGGUUUGGAGGGGUUUGAAGCUUGGCUCUGACACUUGCUACCUGGGUCACCUUGGGCAUGGUAACCUCUUAGCCUUUAUUUUGGAAUCCAUAAGAUGGUCAUAAUAAUUGUCACCUCAUAGAUUUGGGGUGAGCUGGCAACAGGAAGAAGGGCCUGCCGCCAAGCACAGCACAUGGUAGGUGUCCAACCAACAGUAGUGCUGUCUGUACUCUGCUGAAAGGGAUGCAGUAAAGCCCCUUCCCACGUAUGCCUGGCCCCAGAGUGCCUCGACACAAGCUAUCUCAUCUGGAUUGUAUAUCCUCACUAUAACCCUGUGAGGUGGGGCAAGCAUUGGUGCCCCGUUCUCUGGCUAUAAGGACUCCAGGGGCGGAGGGGAGAGCAUGGCACACUUUGUUUUCAAAGCCCCCUCCCCCAGCACUAUCCCCAGCCCCCCAGCCCUCACUGCCCUUAUUGUCCUAAGUGCUACAGUAGUGACGCUGGUCUCUGCCUGGUGGCCCUGGGAUAUGGCUGGCAGUGAGGAUCAUGACCUUGUAGCCAAAGGUGGGCUUAGGUCACUGGGGUCUCUGCCUUGGGAGGGAAAGAGACACACCAGGGCAGACAGUGGCUCCAGCCUCCCAUCUAGAGGGCAUUUCGACACGAAGGGCUUAGAGCCCGUGGGCGAGGUCUAGGGUAACAUCGGGGUACAGAUGCCAGUGCAGGGGCCACCCAGGCAGGGAGGGAUCCCAGGGGGGUCUGUCAGCCGCCCUCCCAGUGCUCUCCCUGCUUUGGCUAACUUGAGAUGGAGGCCUUGUGCAAGACAGCACUUCCCCCCUUCUGGCCCUGGGAACCAGGCAGGAUGGCUGUCACUGGAUCCAGAGAGAAGCCAACCUCCAGGACCCAUCCCUGGUACCUGGCCAAGCUGUCAUCAGUUGGGAGCAUCUCAGAGGAGGAGACGUGCGAGAAGCUCAAGGGCCUGAUCCAGAGGCAGGUGCAGAUGUGCAAGCGGAACCUGGAGGUGAUGGACUCGGUGCGCCGCGGCGCCCAGCUCGCCAUUGAGGAGUGCCAGUACCAGUUCCGGAACCGGCGCUGGAACUGCUCCACGCUCGACUCGCUGCCUGUUUUCGGCAAGGUGGUGACGCAAGGUGUGGCCUUUGCGGUGACGCGGGCGUGCAGCAGUGGGGAGCUGGAAAAGUGCGGCUGUGACCGGACGGUACACGGGGUCAGCCCACAGGGCUUCCAGUGGUCGGGAUGCUCGGACAACAUCGCCUACGGCGUGGCCUUCUCACAGUCAUUUGUGGACGUGCGGGAGAGGAGCAAGGGGGCCUCGUCCAGCCGGGCCCUCAUGAACCUCCACAACAACGAGGCCGGCAGGAAGGCUAUCCUGACUCACAUGCGGGUGGAAUGCAAGUGCCAUGGGGUGUCAGGCUCCUGCGAGGUAAAGACGUGCUGGCGAGCCGUGCCGCCCUUCCGCCAGGUGGGCCACGCGCUGAAGGAGAAGUUUGACGGCGCCACGGAGGUGGAGCCACGCCGUGUGGGCUCCUCCAGGGCGCUGGUGCCGCGCAAUGCGCAGUUCAAGCCGCACACAGAUGAGGACCUGGUGUACUUGGAGCCCAGCCCGGACUUCUGCGAGCAGGACAUGCGCAGCGGUGUGCUGGGCACGAGGGGCCGCACGUGCAACAAGACGUCCAAGGCCAUCGACGGCUGCGAGCUGCUGUGCUGCGGCCGCGGCUUCCACACAGCACAGGUAGAGCUGGCCGAGCGCUGCAGCUGCAAAUUCCACUGGUGCUGCUUCGUCAAGUGCCGGCAGUGCCAGCGGCUCGUGGAGCUGCACACGUGCCGGUGACCGCCGCCCAGCCCUGUGCCCAGCAACCACCUAGUGGCCCAGGGAAGGCCGAUAAUUUAAACAGUCCCGCACCACCCACCCCAAAAGAUACUGGUUGUAUUUUUUGUUUUGGUUUGGUUUUUGGGUCCUCAUGUUAUUUAUUGCUGGAACCAGGCAGGCGACCCCAAGGGCACCAACUGGGGCCUCCCUGAAGCCUGGGCCUUUGUGGCUGCCACUGACCAAAGGGACUUUGCUCAUGCCUCUGGCUGCCCACAUGUGGCCACUGCUGACCACUCACUUGUUAUCUGUACGUUUUUCCACUUGCAGACUUAAGGUGGGUAACGAAGUGUCGCAGCCACAUGCCUACUGACCCUGCCAUCUAGGGAAAGGGGCAGCCCUAUGGCAGGGGAUGGUGCCAGCCUGAUGGCAGUUGCACCCCACACUUACACACGGACCCCGGGCAGCUUCAGCCUGGUAGCUUUGUCUCUCAAGCCCUGUGGAAAAGGAAUGGGCAGACACCAGGUCCAGGGCAGAAGGUUAAUUUCAGGCCUCCAUGAGCAGCCGGAGGUUCAGUUUCUGUGGAACCCUCCAGGCAAGAACAGCAGAUGAGGUGAGAGCCAGUGAAGGCUGCAGUGCCCCCACCCCUAGCCCAGCCGCCAGGCCUCCCCUCAGAGAGGGGGACCCUCACUCCCUGGUCCCUCCCAGGCAGGAAUAUGGCUGCGUCCUGGAUCAGAGACCCCAGCUGGGCCUUCACAGUGACGCCGUGAGCGUUGCUCCACGGUGCUGCUCCUCUGUGAAACUAAGAAUGGAAACGCCACACGCACACAGGAGAGGGCCACGUGAAAAAGCCAUCUCCCAACUUUUACUUCACUCCCUUAACCGAAUCUAUUGAGCAAAUACUGUUCUAGGCCCUGUACUGGGCCAUCUCACUGGAUGACCACAGCAAUCCUGGGAGGCCAACAAGACAGGGAUGCAUGCCUGUGCCCAUUUUACAGGAGAAAGGGCAAGGCUCAGCUGGGUCCCAGAGCCAGUAGAGGCAGAGGCAGAGCCAGAAGAGCCCCCCAGCCAAGGCUCCUCCUGGACUCCUGUACCCAGAGGCCCAGAAACUGUAGGUCCCCCUGGGUCUGAGCCUCAGGGAUGGGGCUCUGGCUGGAGGAAAAGGGGCUGGGAAGCAGCAGGAGCCACAGACCACAGGCUGAGCCAGAGCCCACUUGGUUCCCAAGGGAGGGCAGAGCAGGCUCUGAGGGAAGAGGUGGACAGUGGGAAGGCUGACGAAGUGAGGUCUCAGCAGCGGAGGGUACCGAGGGUACUGAAGCAGAGCCCCCAGAGCCAGCACCAGCAGCCCGGGCCUGGCCCUGUGCACCAGCCAAACCAGCAGGAGCCCAGCCCAAACUUCUGUGCGCAGGACCUGCACACAGCAAGCCCUGGCCUGACCCAACUGCUUCUCAGGUGGGCUCCCAACCACCAGAGGACCUCACUCUCAGCCCUCUCUCCAGGCUGCACCCACCCCGGGGCUUUCAGCUCCUGGUUUGAGGUCUUAAGCUCCAGGCUCCAGGUUCUCAGACUCCAAGUUCUCGGCUCCAGGGUUCAGCGUCUGAAUUCAAGGUCCCAGAUCCAGAAUACGGGCUCCAGCCUGUAGACGCUCUCCCCCAGGCCUUGCGGUUUGUGCCUCCUGGUGUUGGCUCCCUCACGAAGACAGGGUCAACACCCUCGGCCCCCAGCCAAGCUCUCUGCUCAUGUCCAUCCAAGAAGAAGGCCAAAACCAAGUGAGAGGCUGGACCCACAUUCAAAUGUGGGGAUAAUCUCGGGGCAGGCGGGCUCUGAUGUGGAUGAAAGCUGAGCCGACUGUGUCCCCACAGCUGCCCAGCUGGGCUCACUGCUCCUCUGGCGGGCUCUGUUCAGUUGUCUGCUCAGAGCCAGGCAAAAUACUAUCCCUCACUGGCAGAGGCCCGACCCACACAAAGGAAGCAGUGGAGACCCCUCCCCCACCCCUAAGUCCUGUCCCCAGAGCCAGGGCACUAGCAGAUUCAGGCUGGACGCUGGUGUGACGGGCACUGCCCCAGGAAGAGGAAGGAUCUGCGCUUAUUCAUAGGCCUCACCUUUCCACCUACCAGGGGGCCCCUCAAAGCUCAUCCUCCCGGCGUUCUGAAGGGUGUAGCCUCGGUGAAGCAGACUAGGUUCUAGGAACCUCUGCCCAGCCCUACCACCACUGCCACCAGCACCCCAAAGCCCAAAGGGAUCCACAGCUGCAGGAAAAAGGAGCUUCCUUGGACACACCCAGCUCUAAACUGUCCAGCAGAACAGUUUAAAGAGGAACCAGCACAGGACUGACACAGCCACGCAUCCUGGAAGCUGGCCAGAGGGUUCAAGCCCUGCCCGAAACCCUCUCCACUGGUCUUACCGCAAGGCAAAGGUGCCCUCGGAGGCCUUGGGCUGGACAAGCCCCAGCUCUGGAUGCUGCUACCCCCUCUGCUGCCCCCACCUCGCCCAGAUUUUUAUACUAGGCUCCUUGCCUUUGUGACAUCCCCAUGAAAUAGUCUGAUGCACGAUAAAAUGAUUAUUUCUUUA